AUGAGGUGCGCGGUGUCUCUACUGCUGCUGCUGUCUCUGCUCUCGCUGUCGCACGGCUACAGAGAGCCGGGGGAUGAGGCCGACUGGUGUGAUUAUGAGCAGUGCAAGCUGCCGGACUGUCGGUGUAGCGGCACCGACAUCCCGGGCGGACUGCCCGUCCACCAGAUCCCGCAGAUUGUAAUGGUCAGCUUUGAUGAUGCCGUACAGGACAGAUGGAAGGCGGACGUAGAAAACGUGUUGUCAGAUCAUAAGAAUCCUAACGGAUGUCCCGUAGGUGCUACGUUCUUCGUUUCCCACGAGUACACGAGUUACCAGCUGGUAGAGGAGUACUAUAGCAAAGGAUACGAAAUCGCCUCGCACUCCAUCUCGCACUAUUCUUAUCAGGAUUGGUGGAAGAAUGCGAGCGAAGACGAGUGGCAUGAUGAGAUCAUUGGCAUGCAGACGAUCAUUCACGAAUUUGCCAACAUUCCCACAGACGAUAUUCAGGGAAUGAGAGCUCCCUUACUGCAAACAGGAGGGGACACCACCUACAAGUAA